AUGACUUCGAAUCAAACAUCUAUGCUAUCUGAUGAAGAGGCAAUUCUUUAUGAUCGACAAAUUCGUUUAUGGGGUGCUGAUGCUCAGUUAAAACUUCGUCAAACACGUCUAUUAUUAAUUAAUGUGAAUAGUUUAUCAAUUGAAGUAUGUAAAAAUUUAUGUUUAGCUGGUGUUGCGAGUAUAACUGUAUUUGAUAAUACACGUGUGACAACAAAUGAUGUUGAACAAAAUUUAACAUUAACAAUGUCAUCAACAGAUAUCAAUGAAUAUAAAUCCGUUUGUACAUGUCGAAUUUUACAACAAUUAAAUCCACGUGUACAAUUAACUGCUCAAUCAAGUAUGACAAUUGAACAAAUUGAUGAUAAAUAUAUUGAACAAUUUGAUUAUGUUUGUUUAUUUAAUUAUUAUGAUUUUUCAACUGUAUCACACCUGAAUAAACUUUGUCGUGGACAACAACAAAUAGAUGAAAAUGGUAAAAAACAAGUACAUUUUUUUUGUGCUGGAACAUUUGGUUUAUAUGGAUUUGUAUUUAAAGAUCUUGGUGAUAUAUAUGAAUAUCUUAGUGAAAAUUCAGUUGGAAGUGAAUCAUUAAUUAAAGGUGAAGGUGGAAAUGAAUCAAAGAAAAGUGAAACAGUUACAACGAAAUCAGUUAAAAGUAUUUUUCCAUUUGCUGUUUGUAAAACGCAAAUUUCUAAUAGAAAUGUGUGA